CUUCUUCAUCUCAUCUACCACCAACUACCCUACAUAUCUCACCUUACUUAGUCCCUGCUUCCACCCUCGCACCGUCAUGGGGGCUGGUCCGUCCCCCCUUUAGCCGCGUCCAGCCUAGUCUUCCUUUUUUUAGUUCUUACUCCUCCAUUAUCUCAUCAUCGUUCCAUCAAUCCAGCCCCCCCUCUUACUACUCCAUGUUACGCUCCCCCGUCUCACCGGAGCGUGCCUCCUCUCGCUCCCCCGUCCCUCCCCCGUCUUCUUUCUCUCCUCCCCGGAAAUCCUUCGAUGACGAUCUAGAUCGACCUGGCUCCUCGGGAAGUGAUGCCUCGUCGGACUCCAAUGUGACCGCGGUUUCGGCAAUUCCACAACCCCUCAACCUGCCAACCGUCAAUCAAGCACCAUCCUCUCCUCGUCUUCCUCGCACCUCCUCCGUCGCCUCGAACGCCAGACAACCCUCCGCCUCCUUCAUGCCGCACAAUGAUCUCUCCUCGCGAAGGCCGUCCGGUCGCAGCGGCCCGUCGGAGCCGCAUAAGCACCGCUCGCGUCAUCAUUCGCAAGGCUUCUUCGAGCCCUCCCUUCCCACCGCGUCCGUCCCAGAUGCCAGCCUGUCAGCCUCGCGGAUCGCCGCGCAGGCCGCCAUGUUUCAGCAGCAACAACAGUCAUCGCAUCAACCGCCCGCGCAACAUCCCCCGAAACGACCCCAGACCUUCAUCCACCGCAGUUCCGAAGACAACGGCCCCCGGCCCUGGCGAGGCGGCAGCACCUCACCGACGAUGCCCCCAACCCCUCCGCCACCACUGGCCCCUCCAGGCACGGGGGGCUCGUACUUCCCCGCUACGAAUCAGACCGGCGCCGCAGCGGGCGGCCAUGGUCAUGUAGCGACCACCGCUGCGAAUGUGGUGUUCCCGCGACAGGGGGGCCUGCAGCCACCGGGGAUGGAAUCGGGUCCUCCGGAGCGCGAACCUAAGCAGAGCAAGGAGAAGUCGAAGAUGAAGCUGUUCUCCAAACCAAAGCAUAUUGGGAUUAGUCGCGAUAAGGAUCCGGGGGGUAAAGAUCGAGGGUUGCCGUCGCCGAGCAAGAUGGGCUUCGCGGGCGGUAGUGGGCUGUCCCGCAUCGUCAGCGGUACGACUCCCACCCUGGCCGAUACGUUUCCGUCGAGUAGCAACAUGUCCAUGUACAACUUGAACAAUACGUCGUCGACGACGGUGGUGCCGGCGGAGAAGCCUUCGGGGACCGAGAAGGAGAAGGACAAGGACAAGGACAAGGAGAAAGACAAGGACAAGUCGCACAAACAUCAUCAUUUUUUGUCCCGGCAGAAGUUGAAGUUGAAGGACCGGGACAACGACCACAAUCUGCCGCUGUCGUCCGCAGCCAGCAACUCGCGACCGGCGGAUCCCAACGCCCCGCAGUCGCUCUACUCUUUCACACCUGCAUCCCCCGGCGUGGUGUCGACGACGUUUGUCAAUGGGGGUACGCCGGGGGUCUUUCCUGGGUCAUCCACGCUCGGCAAUUCGACGGGGUUGCUCCCGGAAGUCGCGUUGCGCGAGACACUGCAGGGGUUCGGUCUGAACAACAUGACUCCCGAAGAUGCGUGGGACUUUCUCAAGGCAAAGCUGCUCGUCAUCUUCGACGGGGAAGAUGUGCGCAUCGCGAUUGAGGACCUCAACAAGCUGGUCCUGAUCCACAUUCAGCGCUGCGUGCAAAAGCGCACGCCAACCGCCAUCGUCGACGACCUGCGCGAGCUGCUAGAGACGGGCUUCGCCACGCUGAACCACACGCUGAACGGCGUGCCGGAUGAGAAGCUGGUCCCGCAUCUCGUCCACAUCUGGAUGCUGGUCUUCGGCACCAUCCUGCCCUUCAUCCAGGCCGUGUUCCUGCCCCUCGACCUCGAGUUCAAGGGCUGCGGUUCGGUGAUGAACCACCGCGAGGCCAGCGAUUUCUGGAGCACCGCCCUCGAAGGCGAAUACCCCGGCUGCGAGCUGGAGGUGCGCAACCUCGUGUUGAUCGCCUUCCGCGACAUGGUCAUCCUGUACCGCUACGAAGGCCUCAAAGCCACCUUCUCGCGGCUAAGCCUCGACAACAUCAACCUGGGUCACUCCACCCCCAGCGUCACCACCAAGAGCAGCAGCGCCAGCAGCGGCCGGCCCGGCACCGCCGCGUCCCUAGACGCCGCCAACGCCAGCUACGGCUCGUCGCAGUCGUCCACCUUCCUCAACACAGCCGCCAGCUACUCCUCAGACCCAAUGAACACCACCACCAGCCGCAGCCGCGCCGCCUCCAACACCCCGUCCAACCCAGACCAGCUCAUCUUCCAAUCCUUCUCCUCCCCGCCCCAGCGCCCCACCAUCAUCCACCGCUCCUCCACCGCAGCAGACACCUCCCAAAUGAUUACCGAAACCGUCGGCCGCAUGCUGCAAUGCGUCAGCGUGCUGGCCAGCGUACAAACCGGCGACGAGCCCCAGGAGAACAUCGAGCUCCUCAGCAAAGCCCUGAAGCACAACUGGCUCGGCCGCGGCCGCACCGGCCGCGAUCGACGCGGCUUCGUCGGCGCCAAGAUCCGUCCUGUCCCUGUUAUGCGGACGGACAGCGAACGGACGGCUACGGAUGUGGGCCGUGGGAGUGCGGAGUAUGAGUGGCGUCAGGAGAUUAGCGUUUUAUAAGUUACUUUUUUUUUUUUUUUGUCUUUUCAUGAGGUUUUGUUGGUUUAUUGUUAUUGGCUU